AUGUAUAGUAUACGGCUUCAAUUACUGGAAAUACUGGACAAAAUACCACGAGACAAAGAUGCUUGCGAUCCUUGCCACCCCAAGCCAAAGCCAAAGCCUUCCCCCCCAACAGCACCAACUUGUCCUAAAGACACGUUGAAGCUAGGGGUCUGUGCUGACCUCCUUGGACCUGUUAAUGUUGUUGCUGGAACUCCACCUUACAGCAAGUGCUGCAGUUUGCUUGAAGGCUUGGCUGACAUGGAAGCUGCCUCGUGUCUUUGCACUGCUAUUAAAGCUAAUGUGCUUGGAACCAACUUGAACGUGCCCGUCGCUCUCAGUGCAAUUGUUAGUGCAUGUGGCAAAUCCAUCCCUCCUGGUUUCCAAUGCUGA